AUGUCUGCUUUAAGGUUCCUGUUUCUGACUCUUUUGCUGGCUGUGGACUCCGUUCUCUCUGCUGAGGUACAGAGAAUCAACAAAACAGCUGAAGCUGGACAGGACUCAGUCACUCUGCCAUGUGAACAUGGAAAGGAAAAAAUCCACAUGAUAUUACUGGAGUGGACCAAACCUGGUCUAGACCCAGAUAUUGUUCUUUACUACAGAGGUGGUCAGAUUGAGUCAGAAGGCCAGCAUCCAUCCUUUCAGAACCGGGUGGAUCUGCAGGACAGACAGAUGAAGGAUGGAAACGCGUCUCUGAUUCUGAAGAACGUGACGACAAAUGAUGCAGGAACAUAUCUGUGUAGAGUCAUUCAGGGAGGAGGAGGCCAGAAGAAAACCUUCAAUAUCUCCAUCCAUCUUGUGGUUUCUCCUCCAGGACAGACAAUCAACAAAACAGCUGAAGCUGGACAGGACGUCACUCUGCCAUGUGGAGCUAGAAAGGAAAAAAUCCACAUGAUAGUACUGGAGUGGACCAAACCUGGUCUAGAUCCAGAUAUUGUUUUUUACUACAGAGGUGGUCAGAUUGAGUCAGAAGACCAGCAUCCAUCCUUCAGGAACCGGGUGGAUCUGCAGGACAGACAGCUGAAGGAUGGAAACAUGUCUCUGAUUCUGAAGGAUGGGCAGAACACCAGCAGGCGGAGGAGCAGCAUGAGCCCAAGGUGGGGGGGGGAGGAGUCAGGGGGCGGGGCUCCAGAUGUGGGCGGGGCUAAAGGAAGUAAACAGCCCGUCUCCGUGGCGACGGCCCCGCCCCCCCAGGCUGAGCCGGGAUUGGACGAUGACUACGAUGACGCCUCUGAUUGGUCACGUUAUUCCUCUCGCACCUCAGAGGUGACGCUCUGUGGUGAUGUCAUCGUGGUCAUCGUCCAAUCCCGGCUCAGCCUGGAGGGGCGGGGCCGUCGCCACGGAGACGGGCUGUUUACUUCCUGUAAUCAGAAAGUGGAGCGGGAGGAAAUGGCUGCUCUGAGGUCUCUGAGCUUCUGCCUGCUGGCUGUGGGCCUCCUGAUGCCGGCUCCUGCUUCCACAGUACAGAGAAUCACAACUGAAGCUGGACAGGACUCAGUCACUCUGCCAUGUAGAGCUGGAAAGGAGAAAAAGACCAGAGUUGUGAGGUGGAGCAGAGAUGAUCUGAGUCCAGAUGCUGUUCUUUACUACAGAGAUGGUCACUUUCAUCCAGAUUACCAGCAUCCAUCCUUCAGGAACCGGGAAGAGCUGCUCACUGAGUCAGAGGAGGAGCCCGACGCCUUCCUCUGGCCCACACCUCACUUCCUCUUUCUGCCGUGUUUGCUGAAACGGGGAGCUGGUUCUGUAGAAGUGGAGCGGGAGGAAAUGGCUGCUCUGAGGUCUCUGAGCUUCUGCCUGCUGGCUGUGGGCCUCCUGCUGCCGGCUCCUGCUUCCACAGUACAGAGAAUCACAGCUGAAGCUGGACAGGACUCAGUCAUUCUGCCAUGUAGAGCUGGAAAGGAGACCCAGAUCAGAAUUGUGGGGUGGAGCAGAGAUGAUCUGAGUCCAGAUAUUGUUCUUUACUACAGAAGUGGUCAGAUUGACUCAGACCGCCAGCAUCCAUCCUUCAGGAACCGGGUGGAUCUGCAGGACAGACAGAUGAAGGAUGGAAACGCGUCUCUGAUUCUGAAGAACGUGAAGAUAAAUGAUAAUGGAAUAUAUAAGUGUGUAGUCUAUCCGGGAAGACGAUAUCGGGAGUUAAUCUCCAUCAUCCAUCUUGUGGUUUCUCUUCCUCCUCCAGAACAGAGAAUCACAGCUGAAGCUGGACAGGACUCAGUCACUCUGCCAUGUGCAACUCGAAAGGAGACAGAGAUCAUAGCUGUGGAGUGGAGCAGACCUGAUCUGGAUCCAGAUGUUGUUCUUUUCUACAGAGAUGGUCACUUUGAGUCAGACCUCCAGCAUCCAUCCUUCAGGAACCGGGUGGAUCUGCAGGACAGACAGAUGAAGGAUGGAAACGUGUCUCUGAUUCUGAAGGAUAGAAUCACAGCUGAAGCUGGACAGGACUCAGUCACUCUGCCAUGUGGAGCUGGAAAGGAGACAGAGAUCAGAGCUGUGGACUGGUUCAGACUUGAUCUGGAUCCAGAUGGUGUUCUUUUCUACAGAGAUGGUCUCUUUGAGUCAGACCGCCAGCAUCCAUCCUUCAUGAACCGGGUGGAUCUGCAGGACAGACAGAUGAAGGAUGGAAACGUGUCUCUGAUUCUGAAGAACGUGACGAUAAAUGAUACAGGAACAUAUGGCUGUAGAGUCCUGACACAAAGUAGCUCUUCAGCAGAGUUAAUCUCCAUCGUCUAUCUUGUGGUUUCUCCUCCUCCAGGACAGAGAAUCAACAUCACAGCUGAAGCUGGACAGGACUCAGUCACUCUGCCAUGUGGAGCUAGAAAGGAGGCAGAGAUCAGAGCUGUGGACUGGAGCAGACCUGAUCUGGAUCCAGAUGUUGUUCUUUACUACAUAGAUGGUCGCUUUGAGUCAGACCAGCAGCAUCCGUCCUUCAGGAACCGGGUGGAUCUGCAGGACAGACGGAUGAAGGAUGGAGACGCGUCUCUGAUUCUGAAGAAUAGAAUCACAGCUAAAACUGGACAGGACGUCACUCUGACAUUUAAAACUGGAGAGAAGACAAGCAUCAUAGCUGUGGAGUGGAGCAGAGCUGGUCUGGAUCCAAAUGGUGUUCUUUACUACAGAGAUGGUCGCUUUGAGUCAGACUACCAGCAUCCAUCCUUCAGGAAGCGGGUGGAUCUGCAGGACAGACAGAUGAAGGAUGGAGACGCGUCUCUGAUUCUGAAGAACGUGAAGAUACAUGAUACAGGAAUAUAUCAGUGUGUAGUCCAAACACGGAGUGACUCUGUGCCACAGUUAAUCUCCUCCAUCCAUCUGGACGUAACUCCUCCAGAACAGACAAUCACAGCUGAAGCUGGAGAGAACGUCACUCUGACAUGUAAAACUGGAGAGGAGACAGAGAUCAGAGUUGUGGAGUGGAGCAGACCUGAUCUGGAUCCAGAUUAUGUUCUUUUGUUCAGAGAUGGUCAGACUGAUUCAGAGGCCCAGCAUCCAUCCUUCAGGAACCGGGUGGAUCUGCAGGACAGACAGAGGAAGGAUGGAGACGUGUCUGUGAUUCUGAAAGAUGUGAAGAUAAAUGAUAAUGGAACAUAUCUGUGUAGAGUCAUUCAGGGAGGAAGAAACAGGAGGAAGAGAGCUGUUACAGAAACCAUAAUCUCCUCCAUCCGUCUUGUGGUUUCUCCUCCAGUUGUGACCUCACUGCUGAGCGGCUCCACACACCAAGCUGCUCUGACUGUGAGUCCCAGCAGCUCUCAGUUCUUCAGAGGAGCCUCUGUGUCUCUGAGCUGUGAGGAGGACGGCAGCUCUGCUGGAUGGACUGUGAGGAGGAACACCAGCAGAGGAACCAGGACCCAGUGUGGAGACGGCUGGGGAAAACUGACCGGUUCCGUCUGUAAGAUCAGUGUUGUCUUGGAAAAGGACAGUGGAGCUUACUGGUGUGAGUCGGGCGGGGGGGCGGCCGGUCCCAGCACCCCCCUCACUGUCUCUGGUGGACCAGUGAUCCUGCAGAGUCCUGUCCUCCCUGUGAUGGAGGGGGGGGCCCUCACUCUGAGCUGUACAGCAGACCCCCCCCCCUCCAGCCACACAGCUGCUUUAUUCUAUAAAGAGGGCUCCCUCAUCAGGACGGAGCCUACAGGUCACAUGACCCUCCAGCCUGUUAACAGGUCUGAUGAAGGCCUCUACAGCUGCUCCAUCGGGGGGGACAGGUCCCCCUCCAGCCGGGUCCGGGUCACAGCCAAAGAAGAACAACCUGGAGGAGACGGGAUCAUUUACAGCGACGUUCAAAUAUCCAGCCGUCAGCCAGGAGGAAACAAACCCCGCCCACAAGGAGACCCCUCCAUCAUCUACUCGACGCUGAGUUCAGAACACAUCAGUUAUGGAGAAAUAACCUUUAAAGAGAAGAAGAACCGGACAAAGAUCAGAGUUGUGACCUCACUGCUGAGCGGCUCCACACACCAAGCUGCUCUGACUGUGAGUCCCAGCAGCUCUCAGUUCUUUGAAGGAGCCUCUGUGUCUCUGAGCUGUGAGGAGGACGGCAGCUCUGCUGGAUGGACUGUGAGGAGGAACACCAGCAGAAAAACCAGGACCCAGUGUGGAGACGGCUGGGGAAAACUGACCGGUUCUGUCUGUAGGAUCAGUAUUGUCACUGACAGGGACAGUGGAUCUUACUGGUGUGAGUCCGGCGGGGGGGCGGCCGGUCCCAGCGCCCCCCUCACUGUCUCUGGUGGACCAGUGAUCCUGCAGAGUCCUGUCCUCCCUGUGAUGGAGGGGGGGGCCCUCACUCUGAGCUGUACAGGAGACCCCCCCCCCUCCAGCCCCACAGCUGCUUUAUUCUAUAAAGAUGGCUCCCUCAUCAGGACGGAGCCUACAGGUCACAUGACCCUCCAGCCUGUUAGCAGGUCUGAUGAAGGCCUCUACAGCUGCUCCAUCGGGGGGGACAGGUCCCCCUCCAGCCGGGUCCGGGUCACAGGGAAACCUCCAACCACGGCCCCGCCCACCUCUAUGACCACGCCCACCUCUGAAGCCCCGCCCCCUGACUCAUCCCCCCCCCACCUUGGGUUCAUGCUGCUCCUCCGCCUGCUGGUGUUCUGCCCCUACUUCAUCUCCACCCUCCUCCUGGUGUCUGUGUACCGACUCAGAGCCAAAGUCCAUCCAGCAGAGCUGCCGUCCUCCUCACAGCUCAGAGACACAGAGAAUCCUCUGAAGAACUGA